GUGGGUUUCUCUUUUCUCUUGUCUCUUCCCUCGUUCUUCUCUCUUUCCUCUCGUCUUUCUUUCUCUGCUUCGGUCCAGUCUCUCGUUCUUGUGUCUUUACUGACCCUAGUCUUUCGUUUCGCGUGGUCUGUCGUGGUGUCGUAUCAUAUGAUUAUUAUUAUCUUCUAACCUAUCCCUCUGCCUAUCUGCUAUAUAUCUCAAAAAACUGACCCAUACAUAUCACAUCUCUCCACCUUUGGUUACAUAUACAUACAUUCAUACAUACAUAUACACCUCUCAUACAACAAUGAAGGCCACUAGCGCAACGGUGGCUUUCCUGGCCAUUGCUGCUGUCCAAGCAGCCAAGCACGCCCAUGACCAUGGCCACCACCGUAGCCAUCGCUCGGUGGAUAGCCCCGUGGUCAAGAAGAGUUCCUCGUGUCAGUUCCCUUCCGGGGCUGGCUUGAUCCCCAUCACUCCCCACGAAACCAAUGGUGGUUGGGCGAUGAGCCCUGAUCAGGAGUGCAAGCCUGGCGGAUAUUGUCCGUAUGCUUGUCCAGCCGGCCAGGUCUCCAUGCAGUGGGACCCGGAGGCUACUUCGUACACCUACCCCAUGUCCAUGAAUGGUGGACUGUACUGCGACGAGAAUGGCGAAAUACAGAAGCCAUUCCCGGACCGUCCCUACUGCAAGGACGGCACGGGCGUCGUCAGCGCGAAGAACAAGUGCAAGGAGCAGGUGUCUUUCUGCCAGACUGUUCUUCCGGGCAAUGAAGCCAUGCUGAUUCCCACGCUUGUUGAGGAAUUGGCUACCCUGGCUGUUCCGGAUCUGAGCUACUGGUGUGAGACUGCGGCGCACUUCUAUAUCAACCCUCCGGGAUACAACACCGAGACUGCCUGUGUCUGGGGUACCUCCGAGAACCCCUACGGCAACUGGUCCCCGUAUGUUGCCGGUGCCAACACCGACGGCGACGGCAACACCUAUGUGAAGCUCGGAUGGAACCCGAUUUACCUAGAACCGACUACCCCGUUCCGCAACGAAGUCCCCGAGUUCGGUGUCGAGAUUGAGUGUGAGGGAGACGGUUGCAAUGGACUGCCAUGCAAGAUCGACCCAUCCGUGAACGGCGUAAACGAGAUGACUGGCGACAGCUCGGUGGGUGCAGGCGGUGCAUCCUUCUGUGUGGUGACGGUGCCCAAGGGCGGAAAGGCCAAUGUCGUUGUCUUCGACAAGGACGGCGGUGACUCUACCAGCGUGCCGGUGUCCAGCAGCAGUGUCAGCAGCAUCGUCGUGAGCAGCAGCGCCAGCACCAGCAGCACCUCGACCAGCAGCAUCGUCCCUACUACGAGCAGCACGCCGACGAGUGUCAGCACCAGCACCAGCACCAGCACCAGCACUAGCAGCAGCACUAGCAGCAGCACCCCGACCCCGACGCCGUCCAGCACUACUACUACUAUCUCCAGCACCACUCUCAGCUCCAGCUCCACCAUCAGCACCACCAGCUCCAGCAGCAUAACUCCCCGGCCCACCCCCAGCUGGACGCCCUCUUCCAGCUGGAAGAUCAGCUCGAGCGCAGCACUGAACCGGACCGUGUCGGCUAGCUACACGUACAAGCCACACGUGAUGGUGGAGACGGGCUCCUCGCACACGCAGCCUGUAGCUGCUGCUGCUGUUGCCAGUGAGGGCUCGAGCCAGACGACUGGAACUGCUCAAGCAACGCAGUCAGCGGUUGUGACGGAGGGAGCUGCUGUUAGCACUGCCGUGUCGAAGCUGAGUCUGAUCGUGGCCGUUCUUGGAGCCAUUGUCAUGGUCUAGACAAUAGACCAUGUUGACCAUCAUACCGAUCAACUGUGUCGGUUGCAUACUCACUCACCAUCAUCAUUUUUCUUGGUUCACUUCUGAUGGGCAACCUUUUUCACACUUAUACUUAUACCCUUAUGAUUGACGUUCUUGUAUAUGCUUGAUUGAUGAGCAUUUAUCGAUAAUGUUUACUGUUAAUAUAGUCAUUAAUUUCCUGUGAAAUUCCAAGUGCCACUUAGCACAGAGUAGAGGUAGAACAGUCCCCAUUCAGAGACGAGCUUCCAUCUGUAGUUCAAAUGAGUAGCAAUGCAAUCAUUAUUAAAUAGCCACUCAGAUCAGAAG